AUGAGUUCCAUCAAUUUUCAAUGGGAGGAAUUGUGUCGAGUGGUGCAGAUACUCAAGAUGGUCAAGUGGUUUGUUCUGAUUCUAUGCAUCUUGCUUGUGCUCAAGAUCGCCGCUAGACGCCGAAGCAGCAGAAUCAUUAACCAGCAUGGCAAGACCAUCCCCGAAGUGCCUGGCGAUGCUCGCGUGUCCAAAUUUGCUUUCAGCCAGCAGCUGUCUGAUCAAGGCAAGGCUCUCGCCAGAGAGGAGCCGUUCAUCAUCCGUAAUGGCCGGGCAAGAGAGCUGGUGGUGACAAAACCAGAGCACAUUUAUGACUUUUACAAGGGUGAUACCAAGCAUCAUCCUAAACCACCGUAUCUCAAUAUGGGAAAGUACUUCAGCGGUAUUCUGGGACAUGCAGUUGGAGCACUUGCAGGGGACCGUUGGUCGGUCAUCCGUCGCUACUUUGACCCCGAGUUCUCCUUUCAAGUCGCGCGACAAGCGAUUCCGCAACUCAGCGCGAGUAUUGAUCGAUGGCUCGAUGAUCUACCCCGGCAAACAACGACGCAAAUCAUAAAUUCAAGGGGAGGGUUUGCACUAGAGCUCAAGAAGCCUUGUCGAUUUCUGCCGCUCCGACUCGCGGCUGAGUUUGUGUAUGGGGAGGUCUUUAAUGAUGAGGUGCUUUUUGCGGCUCUACUGCAACUUAAUGUCCUUCACGAAGUGAUUUUGCACGAUGUGAUUGCUAACAAGCGACUGGCGACAAAUUUAGGCUGUUGGUUGGACCGCAGUGCGACUAAACGCAUGAAUGAGUUCCGUUUACAGUGGAAGAAGUUCAAUCUGGGAAUCAUUCACUCGGCCCGACGAGGCUCGCAUCUCUGUCCUGCGGAGAAGAUCUACCGUGGGGUUGAAACCGGUGACUUGAAACUCGAGGAGUUUCUACACACUCUGGACGAAAUUCUCUUCGCCAACGUCGAUGUCAGCUCCGCCGUCCUCAACACUCUCUUCGAGCAUCUUGCUUCCAACACAACCUUCCAACAAAGGCUGUGCGAAGAGAUUACAGCACAAAGUCAGACUCAUACCCAGACCCCAAGCCCUACCAGCAUUAACACAGAUACUACCACACAUACCGGAAAAUAUCUCUCCAAACAAGAUACCCUUCUCCACUAUGCUGUGAUGGAGGCUAUGCGAUUUUCACCUGCUUUCGCAUUCUCUCUUCCCGAGUGCACAGCCGUCCCCAAAGAAAUUGGAGGGUAUCGUGUUCCCGCACGGUGUCCCGUCGUGAUAGACGCUAAACGUCUGAAUGCCGACCCAGCGACCUGGGGCAAAGACGCCGAUGUAUAUCGCCCAGAACGGUUUCGUGAGAUUGCAUCCUCCAAAUUACGGUACGGGUUCAUGCGAUUCGGCGUGGGUGCUGCGAGCGGCCGGUGUCUCGGAAAGCAUUUGGCGGAUGCGAUUUUCAAGUUGAGCUUGAUGGCUGUGCUGCAGCGAUAUAGUCUUCAUUUGGGGCAGAAUGGGUCGGAGAUUGAACUAAGAUAUGUUCAGCGGAAAGAAUGA